AUGUCCCUCAAGGACAUCGGAAAGUACGAUGUGUCUGAAGAAGCGCAAGCUCUCAAAGAUAAAUUAGCAAGCCAAGACACCGAGAAUGCAGGCCUGCGAAGCCACCUAAUGAAGAGAGAGGCCGAACUAGAGGAGAUAAAGACGUCAUUAAAUGAAACAUUGUACAAGCUCAGCGCCGAGGCCGACCGUGCUCUUAGGCUUGAAAGCGAUCUGGCGCGGCGCUCAGACGAACUCAAGAUCGAGAAAGUGGCAUCUAGGAAUGGAGAAGCUGCACUUCUUGCUGCGCAGGACAGACUGAAAGCUGAGGAACGAACAGCACGGGAGCUCGAGGCAACGCUUGACACCAUGUCUUGCCAAUCGGAGUCAAUCAGAGCUCAGACUUUUAAACUGGAGAUAGAGAAGCGAAAUAUGGAGUCUCGUGUGCGUGAGCUGGAGAGGAUGCUGGAAAAUACAAAACCCCAGCCGACGGCUACUUCUCGAUUGCCGCAGCGGGGUGGAAGGCCUCGGUCUUCCUCUGUGUCUAGUUUCAGAUCACCAGCAUUGGAACAAGAACUUAACGAUACAAAGAUUCUCCUGGCGGAUAAAGAGAAGGUUUUGCGCGACAUGGAAACGAAACUCGCUCGAGCCCGGGAAGAUCUUGUCAAGACACAAAAUACGCAGUUUUCAGCUGAGAAGAUUAUGCAGGCCCGUAUCGCAGAGCUCAGAUCAGUGAUAGAGGACAAGGAUGAGGAGCUGGAGGUACUGAAAUCUAGUCAGGGCCCGGGGAACGCAAUGGAGAGGGAGGAAGAGUUGUUGAAGAGGAUCGACGAAGAUGAAGUGAAGAUAGAAACAUUGGAGAGUCUGCUGCGCGAGCAGCAGAGUGGACCCACGCAGGCGGCGUACGAUAAGCUGCAAAGAAAGCUACGUGCUGAGUCGGAGAAGCUUACCUGCUCAGAGAAGAGAGUGCGAGACCUCAUGGAGGAGAAAAAGGAAGCACAAGACGCAUGCGCUAAUUUACAUCAGGAGCUAGACAGAGCGAAUCGGCUGCUCCAUGACAGCGAGAAGCGUGUUAGAGCUCUGAUGGUCACUGAGAGUGGAUUACAACAAGAGCUUAUGGAUCUCCGGUGCGAUAAGGAGUCGACGGCCACCGAUCAGGAUCAUAUGGAUAUUGAUGUUGAGGACAUCCGAUCCAACUUCGACAGCAGCUUCUUAUACCCAAAUUGCUCUACUCCGCUGCCACCGAUCAAUACCAACGGAUCUGCUCACCCCGAUGAAGCAACGCUCGCCAACUACAUUGAAACUUUGCUCAGGGCUGUAGACAGAAUACGAAGCGAGCGAGAUGACCUACGACGUGCCCUCGAAUUCUCCGAGACCGAGGCUCAAAUCACAGUCCAAACUUUGGAGAAGCGCAUUCACACGCUUACCCAGGAGGCGGACGAAGUCUCAGCCUACAAUCAGCAAAGCAAGCGUCUUGUUCUUUUCGUUACAGCCCUGGGCGUCGUCGUGGAUCACCUACGCAGUCGUUUGCAUGCUGCCGAGCAAAACCAAGUCCUUGACCACUCCCAAUUAGUCGCAGAACGAGAUGCCACUUUACGAGACCUUCAAAACAAGUUCGAGGUCUCGUGCCAGCAGUUGACUGCAUCAGCAGAGUCGCAUAGUCACCUGCUCCUACUGGUCACAGAGCUGGAAGUCAAAGUCCAAUCUUUGACUGUCGAAGUACAGGCAGCGGAGUCAUCUCACGAGGACACCCGCAAUGGGCUCCAGCAAACAGAGGAACGACUAGCUGAGCUUACAAGAGCGUACCAAAACAUUGAAUCGGAACGUAAUUCACUCAGCCUCCAAGUCACGAAUCUCCAAACAGACUUAGAGGUUGCACAGGAAGAAUUAACAGACGCUCAUAACCGCUAUAGCACUCUGCAAGCGCAACAAUUAUCUACCAUGUCGGCAACUGGGGUAGCUCACGCGCUUCGUGAGCAGAUACAGGAACUUGAAGGUCGUGUCAACCGUCGCACGGAACAGAUCGGCGUCCACCAACAUGACAUUCGCCGCCUGGAGACCAACCUCAAACUCCAGGAGGAACGGAUCUCCGAGAUGAUGUCGGAGCUGGAGAUGAUGUCGGCCCAAAAGGAGGCGAUGGUCGAAGACUGUGCGGAGGCUAGAGAUGCUCGCGACCAAGCUGUCACCAGCCUUGAGGCAGCAGAGCUCGAGGUGGAAAAGUUGCAGGAGGAGAACGUCAGUCUCAAAGCCACCCACAGUGAUGAGCUAUCGUCUAUGGUAGCCAUAGUCGCUCAAGCGACGUCGAAUGCUCGCCGCGCCCAACUCAUGGUCGACCAGCACCUCGCCGAAGAACCGCAGAUGUUGUCCAAGAUAGCUGUUCUUACGGCCCAGAACUUGGAGUUCUCUGAAGAUAUAAGAGUGCUUGCUGGCGAGAAAGAAGUGCUUAUCCAAAACUUGACGGAGAGCGUCGCAUCACUGAGUUGUCUUGAAGCUCUCCGGUCACAAGAACGUACCGAAAUGGAUCAGCUAGUGGUCUCGCUUGCGACUGUACGCGAGGCAUUGAGCAGCAGUGACUGCAGCUUGGAGAAGUCUCGUCAAAAUGUCGCGGCGUUGCAAGCCCAACUUACAUCUUGCCGCUGUGCACUCGAAGACAAGGUGGCCACUUUAGAACUUCGCGAUGCAAGGUUAGCUAUACUUGAGCAAAAUCUUGCCGAAAUAUCCAAUGAGUCAGCCGCUGCUUCGACUCGUCGCAUUUCAGAAUAUCAAGGACAGCUGCAGUCAUUGCAGGACGAACUCGACGAGCUUCGCACCCGCUAUCAGAUCACCUGCGAAUCCUUGUCUAGAGCUCAGGACGACCUUCAGGAACGCAUCCAGGAACCUCAAGCUAGCGAGAGUAACGCUGAGUUACAGGAUCUGCAUGCUCGUUAUGCUGUCGAAGUCAGAGACUUGCGAGAGCGCCUCGAGCACACGAGCCAAGAGCUUUCACAGGCUACGCAGCUUUUGCAAAGUGCCGACCUUCGCUUUGCAGAAGUGCAGGAACGCAAUCGAGAGCUGAACGAUCAGAUCGCAGCUCUCACGGACGAUAAUCAGAGAAGAACCGUGACGGAGGAGUCUCUACGUGUCAGACAUGUUGAAGAACUUGAUAUCCUACAAAAGACGCUAUCUAACACCCAGAACGAACUCGCUGUUGCCAAAGAGGAAUGCCAGCGUCUUGCGAACCUCGUGGAACAGUCAACCAACGAACUUGAACUAGCAAGGCAAGCCCACAUGGAUGCUCUGCGAGAAGCAGAACAACAAGUUCGCGAAUUGCAGGACGAUCAGGAGCAGAAAGACGCUGCUCUCAAAGCCAAUGAAACAGAUCUUCAAGACUUGCGUAUCAGCCUUGACGAACGAUCCCGGGAGCAGGAUUUGUUGCACACACAGUUGCAGAAUGAAGUUGCCUGUCGCAAGCAAGAUCAAGCAGCUUUCAAUGACCAGCUCUCUUCACAUGCAGAUCAUCAAGUCAAAUUUGAUGCCCUCAAAGCGGAACUUCAACAGGUCAAUGAAGCCACGCGCUGGCGACUGGAGCAGGCUGAAGCUGAGUUAUCAAGUCUCCAGGCAGAGAAACAAUCGCUGCAAGUGGAGACCACCAGCUUGGAAGCAGAGAUUCAGCGCUCGAUGUCGUUAACGAGAUUUCUGGAGCAACAAGUACGGGAGAGCGAAAUAACCAAUUCCUCCCUCAAGGAGACCCUCGAACAGAUACAGCUCCGACUCGCUCAGUCUGAAAAGGCGGGCAAAACGGCCGAGCUUAGCCUUGCACUUCAAACAACACAACAUGAGAAGGCGAUGUCAUCCCUCCGAUGGGAAUUGGACGCAGUCCGUUCGGAACCUAAACUUCGUGACGUCGUCGCUGAAUUGAAGGAGAAAAAUCGCGAAAUGGAUCAGCUAUUGCAAAGCAAGUGUUCUGAAAUUGAAGAUUAUGACGAUCGGAUAUUGGAAGCUUUGAAAGCGAACAAGAAAUUGUCUACGAAAGUGGAGGCUUUGACACGCAAGGUACAGAACCUUCAAAGCAAACUUGCUUCUACCAAAGAAUCUGCACAAACCCCACCGGUCAACCUUGCUGCACCGUCUGUGCAAACAGGGCCGCCCAUUGUCCCUCCUGUGCCCCGGGUGUCUAUAUUCACAGAUACUAAACCAAUCCUGGGUCGAGAUCGAACAAUGUCGAAUACCUCAGCAGCAUCCCGAUCACAGACACCAGAGAGGAAACCCAUGCAGCCAAGUAUGAUGCAAACCGGAAUCCCUGAAGAGGAGGUACCGACAUCUGCUGGAAAGAAGAGACGCGCACCAGAUUGUGAUGACAGGGAAACCGUUCCACCCGAGGGCCGCUAUACAAGCGACUCGGACAUGCAGGCGGCCACUACGCCACGUCUCCGGAAAACGUUGCACUCGAGCCGAUCCGGAUUUACGCCAGUACGCUCUGCCAGAAACAUAGCUAGCCUGCCUUCACCAGGAAAACGAGUCACAACUACUAUCUCAGACGUUACGAACAGUCCUCGGUCCACAUCCGACCCUCAAACCUCUAGAAAUUCGUCUAAACGGACCUGGUUAGGGAAGAUCAGAGGCGGAGUGCCUCAAUCCAAUAACCCAGGUGGCAGAGUUGUAUCCUCGCGAGCGAACGUGUUUGAGAAGAUGCCAAAUGUUCCGAGAUCGUCAUGA